GCUUGAUCUGGGACACUCAACUCCUCAUGCACUGGACUGAACCCUAAUCCCGAGUAACAUCUUGAACACACUCCUGUUCUCUCAAUGUCCUCCUCAGCUGAAUUCUUCCGCAUCCCCGCGGCGGUCAUCCGUCGCACCGCACCUCGUCUCAGUUCCACUCUUGGCCCCCUGGCCAACCGACCGGCCAUCCCAGGGAAACUGGCCGCAAUCUCUCGGGGAAAACUCCAGCGUGAAACUGAAUCUCAAACCCCAGACCUCCGUCGGUGUCUGGGUCACCACCACAUCUUCCGUCGCUGCGUCGCAGCCGAAGAAGAAGACAACGCACGAUAUCGUCGCGAAACCUACGAAGAGGAUGACGACGGAGAAUACUAUCACCACCACUCUACAAGCCGGCGCGACUCGGACUCCACUCCCAUCCGCACCCAGAUCACCAAGGCUGUCAAAGCCAUGGUGCGGCGUCGCGAUGCCGACAACAACUCCAUGCCCGACAAUGGCCUAGUGCGCAUGUCCUCCAACCGUGCCUCAGAGAAACCACGACCCUCCACCAGACACAGUCGCCAUCAUAUAUCCAUGUUCGGCUUGCGACGGCUGAUUGCCUCGCAGCAGACGACCUUCCAGCCGCGAGCACAGGCUGUGGCUUAAUAAUAACAUCGAGUCGUAUGAGUCGUGGCCGAACAACCUCAACAACCCGCUGUCACGACUCGACUCGUGACACA